CAAGUUGAACACACGGGUUGAUUUACCUCAAACCUCCUCGGGCACAGAUUGAUUUUUCACAGUUCGCAGAAGGAGCACAUACUGUGCCGCAAGCCCACCUCUGGUGAAAGCAAAGCUGUGCUGUGUUUUUAAAGUACGUGAGCUUAUUCCUCAGACAUGCCGCGCAGAAAGAGAUGUCAUGGUCGUAAGAAAAACAACAAGGAGAAAAGUGACACUUCAUUAGAAAAAAAACCUUCUGCUCCUCCAACCUCAAGGUUCCAGUCUCAGCAAGUCACACCCACCUCAACAUCUCAGGUCUCCACAGUGAAACCUGCACAAUAUGAGAAGGGAACUGCGCAAUCGUCUACAGCAGCUGUGACUGUCAAACCCGGCACCACACCUGCAACUCCAGCAGCUCCUUCAGGAGUAUCUGCUGCGGGAGCUGCAGGCGGUGGUGGAUUCACCUCCACUCAGAAAGGACCUUCUCAAGUCACGCCUCAGGCCACAGUCACUAAACCCACACCUGCACCCUCUCCUAAAGUCCCAACUGUGAGCUCUGGGACUGGACCUGCUGGAACGACAGCAGUGAAGCCCACAGACCCCCUGAAAGACAAGUCCCAGAGUACAACCACUCCGUCAUCCAAACCGGGACCUACUAAGGUGGAUCCGGCUGUUGUGAAGCCCUCAGCCCCAGCCGUUGCCCUAAAACAGACAAGCGCUCAAAAGGUGCAAGUGGAAGUGGGUCCUCCAGGAGGUAAAGUCAGUACGGAGGAGUUAGAUCCAUUUGAUGCCCUGUCUGGCACUUUACCACCAUCACAACCUGUGGCUCCUAAAGUCCCAGUAUUCACUGGACCAGAAGUCAGAGAGCCAAAUGUAAAAGCAGAGAAGGGUGUUUUCUGUGGUGAAAGAGAUGACACAUUGCCGCCCGGAUACAGACGAGCAGACCUGGAAAAGAAAACACCUGCUGGAGUUCCUGAAAAGCCUAAAGAUGUUCCCAAGCCUAUAAGCACAGACGAGGCGCUGGAGUCUCUCUCGACUGGGUUUGUGUCUUCAGCUCCAGCUCCUAAGAAGACAGAUGUGAAAACUGAAACGAUAGGAGCAGUCGAUGUUCGUUCGGCAGGCAUGUCUAACUUUGCUCCCCCUCCACCCUCUCAGCAGCAGAAACAACCAACAACAUCUCAACCGGCUACUGUAACCAAAUCACCUGCUCCACCAGCUGACAAGAAACCCAGGAUAGAUACACCUGCACAACCUGCUAAACCUAAGACAGAUGCGACGGACAACUCCAUGUCGCUGGACGCUCUCAGCGCUUUGGGCGACACACUGGGCGCUCCAGAACCACCUAAGAAAUUACCUGAGCUCAAGCCUGGACAGAUAGUUGAUGAGAAGAAAGUGAAAUCAGAGAAGGGUGUUCGUGUUGGGGAGAGAGAAGACACACUCCCACCAGGUUACAGAUUCACAGAGGAAGAGCUCAUGAAAUAUCCUCCACCUGAGAAACAGCCCUCACUAAGCUCAGACGAUGCACUGGACAUUCUUUCUGGAGGUUUUACAGAGCCCGCAGCAGCACCUGUCGUAAAGGCCCCUGUUCCUCCUGCACAGGGUAAAGUGGAUGAAUUUGCACUGGAUGCUUUGGCAGGCGAUUUCGUGGCUCCUGCACAGUCUGCGCCUAAGGUUUCUUCAAGUGCUCCUAAAACUCUACCUCCACAAACAUCACAGACAGAUGAGGACGCUCUCAGCGCUUUGGGCGACACACUGGGUGCACCAGAGCCACCCAAAAAAGAACCUGAACUUAAACCCAAGGACAUUGUUCAUGAGAAGGAUGUGACAUCAGAGAAGGGAGUUCGUGUUGGAGAGAGAGAAGACACACUCCCACCAGGUUACCGAUUCACAGAGGAAGAACUUAAGAAAUAUCCUCCUCCUCCGAAAGAGCCCUCACUGAGCUCCGACGAUGCAUUGGACAUUCUUUCUGGAGGUUUCACAGAGCCCGCAGCAGCACCUGUCGUCAAGGCCCCUGUUCCUCCUGCGCAGGAAACAAAGAAACCUGCUGGGGUUCCUGAGAAAACUAAAGAUGUUCCCAAGCCUUCAGAUUGCGAUUUGGCUUUAGAUGCUCUUGCAGGUGAUUUUGUCGCUCCUUCUUCUGCGUCUAAAGUUCAGUCUGCCGUCUCUGGCCCCCCACACGCUGACAGACAGUUGUCAGAAGGUACCUCAUCAGCUUUGGAUGCCCUCUCAGACACUCUAGCAGACAUUAAACCAGCCCCUGAGCCCGCCCCUGUCUCACCUAAAGACGUUGUUAAGGAAAAGAAUGUAGUUGAGGAGAAAGUGAGCAAACCAGGUGAGAGAGAUGACACCCUUCCACCAGAUCAUCGGUUCACAGAGGAAGACCGUAAGGCAUUUGAAGCAGCAAAGCAGAAAGGUGCCAAACCAAAGCAGUCAUCAAUUGAUGACGCAACAGCCCUUGACUUGCUGUCUAGUGAAUUUUCUGCCGUACCGCCCGUAAAGCCCUCGGCACCUGAUGCCCAACGCUUCAUCCCUGAACCACAACCACCAACAUUUAAGGCAUCAGGUCCAGUUUUUGACGAACUGGCGGAAAAAGUCAUUCCCAACCUGACUGACCCCAAAGCCAAAGAAAGCAAACCAAAGGGAAAGGGUGCAAAACCAAAGUCUAAACAAAAGAAACAGACAGUAGAAGACUCAUCAGCCACAGAGAAGCAGCCUGGUAAACCGAGCUCAGAUGUUGUGCCUUCAUCUUCCACCAAGAGCGGAAAGAGAUAGAUCGCAUAGAUAGAUCGCAGAUUUAUGGCAUGUCUGUUCAACUCAAGAAACUAUUAAAGAGAGCUGAUCGGACAAGACAUAUAUUUUAUGGUGGACAUGGAAUGAAACGAAAAAUUUAUAACUGCACAGAGACACUUAAACGUGUAUUUUCAGACCCCCAUCUUCCCUUCUUUUCUCCUAAAGCAAAGCAAAAAUAAAUAUAACAAUCUUUUAUCUCCUUGUGAAUGAUAGAACAUGUAUAUACGGAAAGGUUGUUUACAUCAAAGGCAUGUAUUGUUCUAUUUUUUCAGUCAUCUAUUUCGUUGUGGCGUUGUGAUAUAAUUUCUCACAGUAAAAAAAUAUAUAUAUUAUGCCAUAUAAUUUUUUUUCCUCUUUACUGGAGGUUUCUCUACAGUCUUCCUGUUCACAGAGAUAACAGUUUGAGGAACAGUUGCUGUUUGAGGAUCUAUUGAGACACUAGUGUACAGAGAUGGCGUAGGUUAUGAAUUCAUCGUUUACAAUAGAGGAAUUACAGUAGAUGACCAUGAUUAUGAAUGCUGUUGAAUGUCUGUAUAAUGAUACUAGUCAAAAAAAAAAAAGGUUUGUAUGGGAGGUGUUUUUGUUUCUUUGUAGCUUGUUUCCUGAAGUGCACUUACGAGGAUGCUGUCAAAAAUAACUGUAAAAUAAUAUUGCAAACACUAAAUGCCCCAUAUGCCUGUUUUAUCAGAAAAGCCUUGAAAAGUCAUUCAGAAAACUUGCACUGUUAAAGUGUUCUCCACUUGAUUUUAGAUUUAAGAUUUUUUAGCUUAAGCUUAAGGUGUUAAAUGUAUUUUCAGAACCACUAAUAAGUUAGUAGGUGUUGCAUUAGUUGUGGGGGGGCAAAGUUACAAUCUUUCACUUUCACUUUAACUCAGUUGUGUUGGUUUAAGGGCAACCGCAACGUUGCUGUUUUGCAUAACAUCAGGGCUUACUGUUUGAUGCUUUACAGUGUUCAAAUAGCUGAUGAUAGAAACUGAAAUAUGACCUUCAAACCCAAGAGUUUUCCAUAGUUUUUGAUCAUGAAUGUUGAUCAGAUCCAGAUGGGUUUUCCUACAGCGUUCAAAGAUGUGUACUAGACAUUGUGACAGGACGGUGUUUUCAAGAAGGGAUUUUUACGCUUAAAAAAUAAAACAACUUGUUUUGUUAGUUUGGAAUGUUCUGUUCUUAAAAUCUUUAUGCAAAUAAAGAUGUAAUGAUGA